AUGGCGCCCACGGGCGACCGCCAGGUGCCAAGAUGGCGGCGGGAGCCGCGCCUGCGCUCUCGGCCUCGCCCGGUCCCCGCCCCCUCCGCGUCGCCAGCGCGACCCGGUCCGGCCGCGGUGCGCGUUGCAGGGGACCGGGACGGCGCGUGGCCGGCGGGCGCGGGGGACCCCGCGGGCACCUGCGGCGCGGGCGCCCCGGCCGCGCGGUGCAGCGCCCGGGAGCGGCUCUUCUCGCUGGGCGCGGCCGGGGCCGACCGGGACCGGGACGGGGGGGACCGGGACGAGGACGAGCCCGAGCCGCCCGAGCCCGAGCCGCAGCCCGCCGCCCCCGACGACGCCAACACCACCGACAGCCUCAAGGCGCCCAAGGUGAACUGCGAGGAGAGCAACGCCACGGCGGGCGCGGGGCCCCAGGGCGCCGCCCUGAGGAUCCUCAACGCCUCCCAGGAUCUUAUGGACUUCCUGAACCCAAAUGGUAGCGACUGCACCCUGGUCUUGUUCUACACCCCCUGGUGCCGCUUCUCAGCCAGUUUGGCCCCUCAUUUUAAUUCUCUGCCCCGGGCAUUUCCAACCCUUCACUUCUUGGCACUGGAUGCGUCUCGGCACAGCAGCCUUUCUACCAGAUUUGGCACCGUGGCUGUCCCUAACAUUUUGUUAUUUCAAGGAGCUAAACCAAUGGCUAGAUUUAAUCAUACAGACCGAACGCUGGAAACACUGAAAGUAUUCAUCUUUAAUCAGACAGGUAUAGAAGCCAAGAAAAAUGUGGUGGUAACUCAAGCAGACCAAAUAGGCCCUCUUCCCAGCACUUUGAUAAAAACUGUGGACUGGUUGCUUGUGUUUUCCCUAUUCUUUUUAAUUAGUUUUAUUAUGUAUGCUACCAUCCGAACCGAGAGCAUUCGAUGGUUGAUUCCGGGACAAGAGCAGGAACACGUGGAGUAGGAAUGGACCUAGGGGAGAAAGAGGAGCAACGAGGAAUUUCCAUCCUUCAUCCAAGAAACUACGGCUGUACUUUCCGGUGGACUGCUGACUUCCAACCUGAGUCACGUUAGAAGAAUCAUGCAUUUGCUGAACUACUGAAUGGAUAAAAGAAAAUUCAAACUGGUGUUUUAACUAGUAUUACAAAAAGAAAUAUAAAGAUUCUCAUGAGAA